CAAUAACACCCUGGCAAGUCCAAAUCCUGCCCUGUCCUGUCCCUGUCCUGCAUUGACAUUCAACAUCCUGGUAGUUAGGCACAGUGGCUAACUACUUGUACAUAUGUACAUGAUCUCCAUACGUACCUCUGGUCUGUCUCUGUUCUGUCCCCGGUAACGUUCACUCGCCGUCACUCCAUUACCAGGAACGGACACACUUCAAAUAUCACUUUUGCCCUGCCCCCUCCUCACCUCAAUCCCUUCCACUCACUUCCGAAGUUGACUCUUCCUCCCUCCACCUCUUAACCUCUUCCUCCCCUCCUUCUCUUCCUCUCUUCUACUCUGUUCCACUCUCUCACCGGCUCUUCAACAAGACACUUGAGGACCAUCACGCUCUUUUAUUUCCUAUCUACCGACGGCUCUUCAUCCUCUAUCACUGUAUUCCAAAUCCAAUAUACGCCAUUAAUCCGAAAGGAAUCAUUCAACUACAAUGCGCACCUACAUUCCGGCCAUAGUGGCCACUGUGACAACUUUGUUUGCUGAGCAAGCUCUCGCCGUCAGUGUCAACCCUCUACCAAAACCUGCAAAUAUCACUUGGGGUACUUCGGGUCCUAUUGCCAUCAAGGGUCUCACCCUCGACGGCCCCGAGAAUGACUUGUUGAACGGAGCCUUGAAACGAGCUUCAGAUGCUAUAUUCGACUUGAAAUGGGUUCCUGCUGCGAUCGAGGCGCCUAUUCGUUCCUUCGACCCCUUCCCUACCCCUUCUGCAACUGGAAAACCUUCUCGCAGGAGAAAAAGGCAGACUUAUGGCAACACCACAACUUCGAUCUCCAAGGUCAAGGUGGACAUCGACAAUCUACAUGCCUUCCUUACUCAUGGGGUAGAUGAGUCCUACACUCUAGACAUCGCUGCUGAUACUCAAGAAAUCGCAAUCACCGCCAAAACCGUCUAUGGUGCCUUGCAUGCUCUCACCACUCUUCAGCAGAUCGUCAUCAGCGACAAUGCCGGUGGCCUUAUCGUUGAGCAACCCGUCUCCAUCACGGACCGUCCCUUGUACCCUGUCCGUGGCAUCAUGGUCGAUACCGGCCGUAACUACAUCUCCAAGGAAAAGCUCUUUGAACAGAUCGAUGGCAUGGCCCUCUCCAAGCUCAACAUUCUGCAUUGGCAUAUCGUCGACUCCCAAUCCUGGCCUCUUGAAGUGAAGGCCUACCCCGACAUGGUGAAAGGCGCGUAUUCACCGCGCGAAGUCUACACUCAUGCCGUCCUCAAAGAGGUGAUUGCCUAUGCGUCUGCACGCGGUAUUCGAAUCAUCCCAGAGAUAGAUAUGCCAGGCCACGCUAACAUGGGCUGGCGUGAGGUCGACGAGAAUAUACUGGCUUGUCAGGACUCAUGGUGGAGUAAUGAUGAUUGGCCACUCCACACUGCGGUCGAGCCUAACCCUGGCCAGCUCGAUCCUUUCAACAACAAGACCUACGAGGUCACAGGAAAAGUCUACAAGGAGAUGGCUAACAUUUUCCCCGACACCUGGUUCCACAUUGGCGGUGACGAAAUCCACUUGAACUGCUACAAUUUCUCCGCUCCGGCACGUGAGUUCUUUGCUUCCGGGAAAUCCAUGCAUGACCUAUAUCAAGUAUGGGUCGACCGGGCGAUCCCCAACUUCAUCGCCCAAGCCAACCGCACCUUCGUCAUGUGGGAGGAUGUUAUCAUCUCGGAAACCAGCGCCGCCACUGGCCCUGUCCCCAAGGACAUUGUCAUCCAGGCCUGGAACAACGGCCUCGUGCAUAUCAAGAAUCUGACCUCUCUCGGACAUCGUGUUAUCGUCUCCUCAUCCGACUUCCUUUACCUCGAUUGUGGCUUUGGAGGCUUCGUCCCUAACGAUCACCGGUACAACGUCAUGACCAACCCUAGCAACGACUCAACACCAAAUUUCAACUGGGGAGGUGACGGUGGUUCUUGGUGCGCCCCGUACAAGACGUGGCAGCGCAUCUACAACUACGACUUCACCAAGGGCUUGACCAAGGAAGAAGCCGCCCUGGUCCAGGGUGCCAUUGCCCCCCUCUGGAGUGAGCAAGUCGAUGAUGUCGUCAUCUCUAGCAAGCUCUGGCCUCGUGCUGCAGCACUUGCCGAGCUGGUCUGGUCCGGAAACCGCGACGAAAAGGGCCAGAAGAGGACGACGGAACUCACCCAAAGAAUCCUGAACUUCAGGGAGUACCUCGUCGCGAACAAAGUCAUGGCCUCUCCACUAGUACCCAAGUUCUGCCUUCAGCAUCCCCACGAGUGUGACCUGAAUUUGAACCAGACUAUCAUUCAGGACGAGAAUGCGCCUCCCCCUGCUGCGUAAAAAGCAGCCAGUCCGAGUUCAUGUUUGGAGCGAUUUUUCCCUCGUCAUACGACCAUAAGCAUCAGCAUCAUAUCAUAUCAUACAGGCUAUGACUUCACUUAUUUCCCAUGUCUUUUCUACUUUUUUUCUUUUUCCUUCCUCGAUUUCUUCGAUGUCAAUAUUUGUAUACCCAGAUGAACCUUUUUACUUUUUGAAAUGAAAAUAUUUGAUCCUUCCAUAUGGAAAA